UCCUCUUCCUCCAGUUUACUCAGCACCCUCCAUCUGCAACGCGCGGUCCUCUGGGUACAUCGACCAGUCUCAUGGUCCUACUCCUUCCGCGAGCCGCGUAUAGAGAGGCUUAAAGAUCCUAGUUUUUCUUGUCCUUAGCCGCAGGAAAGAGAGCGACCGACGACGGUGCGAGUCGAGUCUGCGUGUCUUGCGCGUUCUUGCCUGGAAUUUCCUCCUCGGCAUGUGACCCCACUUUACUUCACGACCCAAUCCGCGACCUUUUCCAAUUCGUAUUUUUGUCUACUUAAGGCUUCAAUCUAAUGUCGAAGGAGCGAACUUUGCAUCCCCAACAUCCUGAGCAAACCCGAGGGUCUCUAGAUUUCUUGAUCGAUCACUCUUCGUCGGAGAAGAAGCAAAGGGACAGGAGCUCAAAUAUUGUACUUCAGCAAGGAAAUCAACAUGGAAGAGAAAUGCAAAUCCACCAUAAAAGGAGAAGUACCAGUGAAAAAUGCAGAGCUCAAUGCCAAAACAGAACCAGAGGAGGUGUUGAUAAGUGACUCCAAGGAACAGAAGAUUGAAGAGGCUGAAUCACCUUACGUGUUCAUUGAGAGAUCCAAUCCUCCACACCAGAAGGAAAGCAUGGCAGAGGAACAAAAAGCUGAGGGAGGGGAGGAAUUAGACUAUGCUGGGAAGGAGAUGAGGGAUGAAGACAAAGAGGAAGUAACGAAAGAUGGAGAGAAGGUUUUGAAGGAGGAGAAGAGAGAAUGUUGUGACGAAAUAGGCAACAAACUUGAGGAGGAUGAAGAGACCAGGAUAGAAGAGAGAAGCAAGGAGAUAGUAGACGGAAAAGAGAGGGGAAAGGAAGAGAGAAAGAAAAAGGACGAGAAAGAGGAAAAGAAGAAGAAGAAACCUGAGGCUGAUGGGGAAGAAGAAGAGGAGAAGAAAAAGGACAAGAAAGAGAAGAAGAAGAAGAAGAAGGACAAGAAGUGCUCUGAAUCUGGUGAGGGAACGGAAACUGAAAAUAAGGCAAAGGAAGAGAAGAAGAAGAAGAAGAAAGACAAAAAGAAUAAAGAGAGGAAGCACGUGGACAAAACCGACGAGGAAGGAGGAGGCGGUGAUGAUUUGAAGGAGGAUGAGGAGCAGACAGAAGGAUGCCCUGAUGUCGUGUCGAGAGAGGUCACCGUAGAAGAGGAUCUCGGCAAGUCGGAGGGAGAAGCGGAGAAGAAUAAGAAGGGGAAACAUAAGGAAGGGAAGGAAAAGAAGGGGAAAGAGAGGAAGGUCAAGUGCGAAAAGAAGAAAGAAUGCGGGGAGGACAAGCACAAGGAUAUUGGUCAGUUGAAGCAUCAGCUUGAGAAGAUCAAUGGCAAAAUCGAAGCUCUCCUGGAGAAGAAAGCAUUUAUCUCCGGGAAGAUAAAGGAUGCCGAGGCGAAGAACGGCGAAGCUCCUGAGAAGCCGGCUGCCCCUAAAGAAGUUGCUGCAGCUGAUACAGCAUAGCGCGUCCUGAUAAACGUUUCCUGCUUAGCUUAUAUCAACAUUGCUCAGUCGCAGACUCGUAGUGCAGUGUGUUUACUGUUUAUGCAUAAACCACCCGGUUGGAAUCAUUGAUGUUUCUUCUCUUUGAUGCCAUCCAUAUUGUCCCUAUCUAUCUUGUGAAUUUUACUUCAGGAUGUACUGCUACUUUCGCUGUACAUUUUAUGUGGAGUGGAUGUCUCUUCUGCACGCUCCGCUUCCUGUUCUACUCUUCUCUCUUCCUCUAUAGAGCAGUAAUCUCAGAUCGUGGGAAGCACUUGUUCUCUCACGUUUUAA